UCCAUGGAUUCCUACAACUUCCACUUUGAGAGAAUGAGCAACGUGGACCUGCAUCCUCUGAGCCUGCCUGUCAGCCGGCUCUCCCCAGCCAAGUCCAACAGCAGCAUUGUCGACCAACUCGCCCACCACCAACACGGCAAAGGAGACUCUGCCUACAGCUCCUUCUCUGGCGGGUCCACUGCCCCCGACUACCCUUCUCCCUUCCUCCCAGACGACCUACAGUCCAGCGCCUUCAGCCACUAUGCUGAUCUCAAGUAUGUAAAGUCCAUUUACCAUCCCACCCAGGUUCUGCAGUCUGAUCCAAAGACCAUGGACCAGCUCUAUCGCUCUGUCGAGGCCAUCUCUCAGCACUAUCGCAACAACACUAGCUCCAAUGCAAACCACCACAACCACAACGGCAAUGGCAGUUUCCAUACCAACAACAAAGCACUCUCUAAACAAGAGGCGCCUUUGGGGGCUCCAUCCCAAAGUGUAUACCCUCCUGUCCAUCCUCCUCCAGUCCCAGCACGUCUGGAUAGUUUCAUAGCCACAAAAAACUUGGAGAACAGCAGGGUCCACCACCAAGGUACGGAGUUUCAACCCCAACAGCCUCAACAACAGCCCAGACCCUACAAUCGACUCCAUUCACAGCACCAUGGUCUGAAUGCCCGAAGCCCUGAGAAGGCCAACCCAGAUACAGGCAACUCAAACUUCAAAAAUGACCCAGUGUAUUCAGUUUGGAGGGGCUCUCAACAGCAGCCACCACAGGCCCAGCAAUCACCAAGCUACCGGCCUCACCUGCAGCCUCAUGAUCAGAGCAGGGUGAACCCGGAAUACCUUUUCAUCAUGGACAACAAACCUGAGCACCUGAAACCCAGACAUCUCUCAACCAGUGGUGGAUGUAAUGGAGACCAUCACAACAAGCCCAAUGGUAGCAGUAGCCAUUUUGAGAGUCAGCGCAAAAGGGCGCACUCAGCUCACGACUGGCUUAGGCCAGAGCCGACACGAGCUGCCAGCCCCUGGAAUCCUGGUCAGAGUGUUAUCAACAGCAGCAUCCAGCAUAAGGGCCAGUUCUACUUUGUCACAGGAGUGUGUAAGCUGUCUGACUCCAGUAUGAGGAUGUACUCCGCCUCUGUGUGUGGGUCCGAGGCAGGGAGUGAGAGUUCCACUGUGUUGGAGAAGCACAGAUUAAGAGAAAAUGAAAGAAGCCACAGCACCAUGGAUAAUUUGUUUAGACCUCUCCAAGAGAGUUCUCGCUUUCCCAGCGGUACGAUUCCAGAUGAGAGUGAGGUUUUCAUUUCUGUGUCCCCCAGGAGUCACGAUCAGGAGAAUCACAGACCAUCCCUCAUGUCGACGCAGUCCUCUCAAAGCUUGGACACCUUAGAAGAAAUCGACAUGAUCCAGAGUCGAGAGAUCGGCCGCCACUCUGCCAACAACCCCAUAUUCUACUGUGGACCUGACCGAAACUGCUCGCCACAUUCACCAACGCAAACGAAGGAGGUCACCUCACUAAUAAGCAACGAACAGCCCAACCACUCCAAGAGAGAGGAGCAGGCAAAGAGAGGGAAGCGGCAGCCUUUGGGGGAUGUAGCCAGCGAGAGGAUAAACAAAGAAACGACCCCGCUUCUCUAUCACCUCACUGGGGCUAACAGGGCAGCCUUGCAGCCCAGAAAGGAUGCUGACUUCAGUACAAAAGGAAAGGAAGCAAUCCUGAACAAAACAGGUCAGGGAGACAUGGCAGUAAACGACAGUGAGAGACCUCCACGAGGUAGCACGAGCAAUAACGACAGAGGAGACGUUACCAAUGUCGCGUGUAACACUCUGGAUGACUCAUUUAAAAAGUACUACAAAGAGAAGCUGAAGGACGCCCAGUCUAAAGUCCUGAGGGAGACUUCCUUUAAAAGGAGGGACCUGCAGCUGUCAUGGCCACACCGUAUCAGGCAAAAACCAGAGCUGAGGCCGACAGUGAUUCACGCUUUCUCCCCAUCGCAGGACUCAGAGACUUCCACAGACACACUCACUCCAUCUGUGACCUCUGAGGAGACAGAGAGGGGGAGCAUAAAGGAAGACGUCGAGGAGAAUCAGAAGGAGAUGGACCAAGAGACUGAAAAGGAGAAUGGGAGGCCGGCAAAUGUGGCCCAGCCCCAGGUGGCACGCAUCGGAGGCAGGAGGCGACUGACUCCAGAGCAGAGGAAGAUGUGCUACUCUGAACCAGAGAAACUCAACCAGCUCGGCAGCACCCCCCACCACUCCGCCUGUCGCUCCUUUGGCAAUGAAAGUGAGAAUCUGUUUGCAGCUGAAAGUGAAGGAGAGGAACGUGGGCAGCAAGGAGAGCAGGGGCUGGUUGCAGCACGGAGGAAGAUGUUCGAGACAAGAGGUCGGGCUCUCUCAGCCUCUAGUGCCUCAAAGACAAACCUAAAACAUCUGCAACACAAGGCCCUGGUGGAGUACAUGGAGCGUAAGACGGGCCAGAAAGUGGCUGAGCCACAGCAACCAGCAGCUCAGUUACCACCUCCGCCCAGACAGAGGCACUCUCUGGGAGAGAAACCGUUUGACUGGGGUCCCAGGCCUCUAUCAGGAAAUCAUGAAAGCAAAAAUACGAAGAAGAAGCUCCAUAGACCCCACUCUGCGGGCCGCAUCCUUGAUUCCUCCACCAGCUCCAUCAGGUAUGCACAGUUCUUCUCAGCACAGUCUUGUUCUGGUCAAUAUACUGGCCAGUCAAGUCAGGCCAGAUGGAGGGAGAGUCAAGGUCCAGCUCAGGGGAAGUCUGCCUCAGUGGAGAGUCUCUUGGACCAGCCAGAACCUCCUAGUUUCUUCAGGAACAGAUCAACAUCCACACCGCAUGCAUUUCAGGCACACGACUACGAGAAGGAUCCACUCCCAGUUAAUACUAUGGAAACCUGCAGUCCCCAGAAAAAAGCCAGUGAGGAUCCCUUGGUAAAGCCAGUAACUGAGGGCCAGCAGCAUGUCCGUGUGGUUGCACAAAGGGGGAAGUCCAUGGAAGAGCUUGGGACUUCAAAGUUAACAAGACUAUCAGCAAUGAGUAAAAGUUCUGAGCAGCUGGAUAGACUGUGGAGACAUUCGACUGGACCAGGGGGGCCGGAAAGAGACAAGAGGAGUGUUUCAUUCAUUGCCGAAGUCAGAGAAGCCCAGGGACAGGAAAGAGCGAGGAAGAUACAAUAUCUAAGAGAGGAAGCGGGAAAAGAACCAGAGAUUGUUGAUCAGAAGAACUCUCAGGGACAGAUACAAAACCAAACCCAGAAAAAGCCCCUGUUGAAGCAGAACUCAGACCCAAGGGAGGAGCCGACAACAGAAGGAACAAGGAGCUCAAGUAGAUCCACCUCCCCUGCCUCCUGCUCCUCUUCCCGGGCCAGGGUUCACUCUGGAUCUUCUGGAUCUCACGGCCCUGUCACAGAUGAGUUCAGGUACAGCAGACCUCCCAGUGAGAGUUCAUCCAACCCACCUUCCCCCAGAGGGAUAGAGACCAGCGAGAGGGAGAUCAAGUCGUCCACCCCUGCCCAGCCAAAACUUUCCUGUGAAAACAGGCCUUGCUUCAGAGUCAGGACUUCUCCCUCUGUGACUGGAUCAGAGAGAGAGCAGUCAGUGGACGAACCAAGCAGCGACGCCCUGCCGCCUGAUUCAAACCACGAAGUGUCUCUGAGCUGUGGCGUCACCACAGAUCCAUCGCUGUGGAUUCUCCCUCCAGAAGAAGAGAUCAAAGAGGACGUCCAGAAUCCGCUGCUGACAGACAGCGUUUUUGAUGACGAGUCCACCUGCUCAGCACCUCAAACGCAGACAAGCGAGACCUCUGUGUCUCCCUGCGCCUCCGUCACUCAGGCAGACGUCACUCAGCGGGCGGAGGAGGAGAAAAAUCCCAGUGCGGAAGAUGAGAAGUCGGGAGAAAACCAGGAGAUGGAGGAGAGGGGAGCACCAGAGGGGGAGAUGGAGAGCCUGGAGGGGCCUGCCGAGAGACCUCAGUGGGAGGAGCUCGUGGAAGCGGUGGUCAAGGCCGACCCAUCACUGGCCAGGGUGCUCUACCCGCUGGCCAGUCGUAAGACGGCGCUGAUGCUGAUGGAGCAGCUGCUGUCGGAGGACACGCUGCUGAUGGAGGAGCACUACAAGAAGAAACAGGAGCAGAGAGGAGCUGCAGAAAGUGCUGAAGCGGAUGAAGGGGCUGAACCAUCUCCUUGUCUUCCUGCUGCUGACAGCCUUAAACCUCAGUGCACAGACCUGCAGAGCAGAACUGACAUCACUGAGAAGAAGCAUCUGUUAGUGUCUUAUAUCGAGGAGCGUCUGCGCUCACUGGAAGAGACGCGCGGUGCCCUCCAGGCAGAGAUUCAGGAGAACGUGGCCCGCGGGGAGGCACUGGAGGUGCUGGUCUGUGAGCGCUGUCUGCCCGUGGAGCUGGAGAGGUACAACCUGUUCAUAGGAGACCUGGAGAGGGUGGUCAGCCUGCUGUUGUGCCUCUCCGCUCGGCUGGCCAGGGUGCAGAACGCCCUGAGCACCGUGGACCAGCACACAGAUGCUGAGGAGAAGCAAUCUCUGGACAGUCGCCACCGACUGCUGUGCAAACAGAGGGAGGACGCCAAAGAUCUGAAGGAUAACCUGGACCGGAGAGAGAACCUGGUCUCCACCUUCCUGUCACGCCAGCUGUCCUCCGAGCAGCUGCAGGACUACCGGCGCUUCGUCCAGACCAAGGCCUCGCUGCUCAUCCGGCAGAAGGACCUGGAGGAGAAGCAGAGGCUGGGAGAGGAGCAGCUGGAGGCUCUUUCCAACAGCCUGAAUCUGUGAGGGAGGAGGGGGAGGCAAGAAAAAGCCCCGGAUUGGAUGGAUGUGCUUUGCUUGGCUCAGUUUGCUACAUACAGACUACAGGACAUGGAUUAUAAAUGGUCCAGCUGAUAUCUUUAACCCUUUUGCACCCUGUCAUGACAUUCCUUUUGUCCUUUUAAUAGUGUGACAAACUACAGGGGUACCCAUCAUACUGUUCUAUUCUCAUAACUUAUAGGCUUCUCAUGAGGUGAGCAAUAAAGACUGUUGAGACUCGUUGCCUUUCUGUCAUCUGCCGAGGGUCGCCCAGAAGGCUCACCCACUUUCCGCCCAAUGAACGAAGACUCACCCCUUUAUGUUUCCUGUGACUUUAAACAGAAGGCCGAAACUUCUUCUGUUUCUCCGCGUGCCUUGGUAUUGGUGUUGCUGUGGAACGUUUUCCAUUAGAGCUGCUGUGUGGAAAGUUUGCGUCCCUUGUUAGCAAUUCAGUAACUGUCCUUCUUUUUUUCAUUAAGAUGGUAGCGCUACAGCCCUGUAUCUGCACCUGUGGAAACCUAUUAUAAGCUUUAAACUUGUAUUUUGACCAGUGAGAAGGCUUCAGUGAAAGAUGGGGGCUGGUGUACUGUAUCAUGUCAGUGAAAUGUACAAUAGAUGUAGUAGAUUUAAUCUUUCUUUCUUUCUUUUUUUUUUAAUGUUCUUAUUUUUUGAAAAUGUUUCAAAUUAAGGCACUAAAAACCAAAAAAGGUGAAUGAAAAAAAAGCACUUUGUAAUGAUACAUAAAUGCACAUUUCUUCAAAUCAGAUUUGUUUUCAAAAGUAAUUUCAAGUGAAAGCCUUACUCCAUCCAGUUAAAAGAAUUUAUUUGACGUAUUUUUGUUUGUUUUUGUCAUUCAUUUUAAAUAGGAUUGCUGAAAUUAUGUUUUAUAAAAAGGUACAUGAGCAUACCCAGCAAAAUGAAGGAAUGUGUAGAAAUACUUUUCCAACUAAUUUCAUUCUUCAUGUUAUUAAGUUUUGAUGAUUUCAUGCUUGAACAGCUCCUCAUGCGGAGGUGCUAAACCUCUUUAAAGCAGUUUAAAAGUAAGCAACAAUUAUAUCACUGGGUAUUUUCUCCCAAUGUCCCUUUGUCACAGAAGUGACACGUGAUACUUGAAUACAUUUUUUUUUUUUUUUUUUUU